GUUGCAAGCGUCUUUUAUAAGUUGUGACUAGUGAAAGUAUGGACUCUCGUAAAACAAAUGUAGUUUGAAACCGUUCAAAAUUUUGAAGCAGUACAACAGUGUUUUAAAUGGGAGCUUUUUUAGAUAAACCAAAGACCGAGAAGGAAACAAACACAGGCGAGGGUAAUGGACUUCGUUUUGGUGUUGCAUCGAUGCAGGGUUGGCGAGUUGAGAUGGAGGAUGCUCAUACAGCUAAAAUAGGCUUGAACGACCAGCUCCAAGACUGGUCAUUUUUCGGGGUUUUUGAUGGACAUGCAGGCGAAAAUGUUAGUAAAUAUUGUGCCGAGAACCUUCAUGAGUUCAUUAUCAAAAACGAAAACUUUAAAAAGGCUGUCAAAGAUAGAUCGCCUUCGCCUGAUCUCAACCUUUUGGAGCAAGGCAUCGUAGACGGGUUUUUGGAACUGGAUGACGCUAUGCGGAGCCUUCCUAACUGGUGUAGUGGCGAAGAUAAAAGUGGGUCUACAGCUGUUACGUUAUUAGUUACUCCUUCAUACUUCAUUUUUGCAAAUUGUGGAGAUUCAAGAGGAAUUCUGUGCCACAACGGCGAAGUCUUGUAUAAUACGAUAGACCAUAAGCCGAGCCAUACGAACGAGAAGGACCGAAUUGAGAGAGCUGGUGGUAGCGUUAUGAUUCAACGAAUAAAUGGUGCUUUAGCGGUUUCCAGGGCUUUGGGAGACUUUGAGUACAAAUUAGACCAAAACCUUGGUCCAAAAUGUCAAYUAGUCUCUCCAGAGCCAGAGGUUUACUUCCAAAGCAGAGGAGAAAGUGAUGAGUUUGUUGUGUUGGCGUGUGACGGAAUAUGGGAUGUGAUGGCGAAUUGUGAGGUCGCUUCUUUCGUUCGCUCUCGGCUCCAACUAACCGAUGAUUUGUCCAAGAUAUGCUGUGAGUUACUGGACACUUGCCUAACAAAGGGAAGCCGUGAUAACAUGAGUGUCAUAAUUGUAUCGUUACCUGGRUCGCCUAAAGUCUCUGAAGAAGCCAUCAAAAAUGAAGAAAAAGUUGAAGCAGAAAUAGAGAAAAAACUUACAGCCCUUGUUGAACAAGAAAAUGAUUUAACACAUGUUGAUGUAAGCUUUGCUAUGGCAAGCCUUUCUGCUGAAGAAAUCGAGGGGCUUCCUCCAGGAGGCGGCAUUGAGUCAAAGGCAUCUGUAAUUCGAACCAUUCUUGAUAGACUGAUUGAACAAAAAAACAAGGAAAGGGGCUCAACAUAUGAUGAGUCUUCUAAAAUCGACGAAGACUGACCAUGUGGAAUUCACCGUCUGAAAGUAAGACAUAGGUCUGUGUAGUCGAAAUGCUGAGCAUACAAACUGAUUAGUGUUUAUAGACGUACAGAUAUUUCAUACAAAGCAAUAGCAGGAAUCUAUAUUAUAACCACAUCAGUAGAGCUUUCUGUGAUGUCAUGCGACCUCMAGCGUGUAAAAAUUGCACCAGAUAUCAAMGUUUGUGUGGAGUGCUAAGCGUCUUUUUAGUUUUCAUAUUAUGUAACCCAAUACAUGUAACCAAUAGUAGGAAUUGAUUAAAAAAASWACCCAAAGAUAUGUUUUA